AAACUACCCCGUUUAGAUUUUAUUGCAUUAGAGCUCGAAGCUGGAGAGAGUCACAUUAGCAUGGGUUAGCACAGACACACCACGUGUUUCUCCAGCGGAUCAAAUACUCAACGAGUGCCACUUUUAAAACCGAUCAACAUCUCAUUACACUGCGAUCGGUACCAGGACAUCGAUCCUAAACACUAACGAGAGAUGCGCAGAGCAGUUACAGGAUGUUUGAUGCUGGUGUAUGUUGUUGCUCUUCUGGCCGAGCAGGCAGAGGGACACAUCGCCUUCUUCAGCCCUAAAGAGAUGAGAGAGCUCAGGGAGAAGGAGGGAAGGAAGGAUGCUGAUCCAAGAGCGGAGGGGGUUUUGAUUGACGAGAUGUCUCUAGAUGAAGAAGAGUCAGUGGGCCAGCCUGUGGAAAUAGGGCAGAAACUGGCUGCUAAAAAGGGCCACAUUGGAUCUGCUUUCGAUAAGAUGCUGCAGAGCAUCGUAGAAGAGCCAGAGACCGUGAAAUAAAACCAGCAUUUUUAUCUGCAUUCAUUGACUAUUGCAGACUGAUGAUUCAACAUUUGUUGUAAGCACACGUUUUGUCUAUGAGUGUAAUAAAAUUAAAUUGCAUGCAAA